UUCCAAGCCUCUGUCAAAUAAAAACAAUCGCCAUCUUGGAUUUUUAUAGUUUGUUUUGAAUUGGACGCGUUUUCACCGAAUUUUUUCAAGUUUUUUCGAGUCCCUUUGGCACGAAAAUUUCCCGGGAAAAUUGAAGGGCUGUGUAAAUAUGUCUGUGAAUAGUAGAAGCUAUACAGUAGAAGAAGUGCUUUUACAUUUGGAUGGUGACUUCGAUAUUCCCGACGAAGGAGUUAAUUCAGACGUUGAAUGGCUCGAUGAUGAGGAUUUUGAGGAGCCUGAUCUUAUUUUGCCUGCGGACUCAGUCGCUCUACCCGACGAGGAGGAAGAGGAAAUAGAUCUUCGAACUGUUCAAAUUGAAGAAGCCGACGAUUUCGAUGAGGAGGUGGUAAGAGGGAGACCUAGCAAUGUAAGUGUGGAAGAAUUUAGUUGGUCUGAUGACAGGUCUGAAAUAAACAUUCCUGGGUUUUCAAAAGCAGUAGGGCCAAAUACCAUCUUACCAGUAGGCGCUUUGGCUCUUGAUUUCUUUCUUCUUUUUGUGAGUAAUCGGAUCCUUCAAAAUAUAUUGAGGGAAACAAAUCGCUAUGCCUCCCAGACUUUGCAAUCUAAGGGUAAAGAUCCUUCCACUUGGAAGCAAGUGUCUAUGGAAGAGCUGAAGGCAUUUUUUGGACUUCUCAUAGGAAUGAGUAUCCACAGACUACCUUGUUUACGGGACUAUUGGUCUUCGGACUGGGUUUUGGGUGUUCCAGCAUUCUCAAAGGUCAUGCCUCGAAACAGAUUUUUGGACAUUUGGAACAAUAUUCAUCUGUGUGACAACACAAAAAUGCCAAGGCCUGGAGACAGUAACUUCGACAAGCUCUUCAAAGUUAGGGAAUUUAUUGAGGAUUUGAAAACAAAUUUUCAAAUAAACUAUGCCCCUCACCGUGAGCAAGCUGUGGAUGAAGCUAUGAUAAAAUAUAAAGGUCGCACUUCCCUCAAGCAAUACAUGCCCAUGAAGCCCAUCAAACGUGGCAUCAAAAUGUGGUGUAGGGCAGAUAGCACUAAUGGAUAUUUGUGUGACUUUGAUAUCUACACUGGGAAGACACAACAAGGAGUUCAACAUGGACUAGGUUACUCAGUUGUCACUAAGUUAUGUGAAACCAUAAAAGGUCACUGGUAUGCCAUUUUUUGUGACAACUUUUUUACCUCGUACAGAUUGAUUGAAGAUUUGUAUCAGAAUAAAACACUGUGUUGUGGGACUUUGCGGUCAGGGCGUAAGGAAUUUCCCCGAUGUCUCUUUGACAAGGAUCGCAUAAAGUCAAUGAAGAGAGGUGAUGUAUUUUGGCAAAUGAAAGGUCCAGUACUUGCAAUUACCUGGAUGGAUAAGAAGGCAGUGCAUGCAGCAGGCACUUACACACAAGCACCUCAAGAGAACCUUCCAGAGGUCAACCGGAAACAAAGAGAUGGAACAAUUCAACGAAUUACCUGUCCCCAGCUUAUCUCGUCCUACAACACAUACAUGGGUGGUGUAGACAAGAAUGAUCAGAUGAAAUCCUACUACACCAUUCCUGUAUCUGGAAAGAAAUGGUGGAUUAGAAUUUUGUUUGAUCUUAUUGACAGGAGUAUUUUCAAUAGUUUUAUUUUGGAACAGGAGUCACCCAAUCAUGGAAAGAGAAACCUGAAAUCCUUUCGCAUUGACUUAGCAAAGCAACUAAUUGGUGACUUUUCCUCUCGAAGGAAACGUGGGAGGCCCUCUGAUGAGCCAUUGUUGUUGUGCAAUGUAGAAAGGCACUUUCCUGAGUACCUUCCAACAAAUGAAAGUGGGAAGAGAAAGGAAAGAAGGUGUAAAGUAUGUUUUGAUUCUGGUGUGAGGAAGAUGACAAGUUACUUCUGCCCAGAAUGUAAUGUCGGUCUUUGUGCUGCACCAUGUUUCCGCACCUUUCAUCAAUAAUUUUGGCAAGAAUCUAAAGUUUCUGACUCUUAACCACAGUUACAUUGUGCUAAGUUGAUAAAAUUAUGUUUAUUUUUGUAAUUGCCAAAGAAAUGGUGACUUGGAUGCCAAGUUUUGGUUUUGAUGGAUUGCGUUACUUGUCACAUGUCAUGACUAGACUUGAAAUUUGAACCUUGUAAAUAAUUGCUUCCAUCAAGUUAACUUUUUAAAAUAUUAAACAUAAACACAGGUUUGAUUUUGAUUAUAGCAAGCAUUUUUCCCAUAAAAAAUGGAGGUUCCAUAACAAUUCAAAAACACUCAUUAUUAUCUUGUGUGACAGUACCUUAGCAAGUGAUGUCAUCUGACAGGUGUCAGUCAAAGUCUAAUAUUUUUCCAAUCACUUCAUAACAAAGAAUGGUGAUUGGUAUACUUGUGUGAGAAAUUUCAUUAUCUUAUGUCUUAAGAGGAAUAUUUUAGCCAUUUUAAAAGAAUUGUUGGUAGAAAAUCCUCUGUGCAGUGAAAAUAAAUUUGGGCCACAAAGGGUUAAGGUAUGUCGAAAUCAAAGAUAGC